UUUUUGGGCCCUUUUAAAGAAGAAAAGAGCAUAUUCAAUAAAUGCCCACAUUAGUUCUCCAGCAACGGUCAUUUGAAACACAUCGGCUUUAUUAUUAGUUAUUGUAUUUACAUUUCUAUAUUAUGUCACUGCAAUUGCAAAUUGAUAAACUUAAGGGUUUAGACAAUUAUAAAGCUUGGUCCAUGACGGUGCGUGCCUAUCUGGAAGUCGAAGAUUUAUGGAAUACUGUAGAGAAUGGUCCGGAUGGUAGUGAAGAGAGCCUUCAAAAAGAUAAACGUGCCAAAUUUAUUAUAUUGUGUUUAAUUGAACAGAAACUGUGUCAGUUUAUGGUCAGUAUACGUACAGCUAAGGAUUUGUGGGCCUAUUUGAAAAAACAACAUUCGUUACGGUGAACAUUUUUUUUUAAUGAACUAAAUAAAAUCUAAUAAUAUUUUAAUAAAAAAAAACUA